GUCAUCAUCCGAGGAUACCGCAUGGCUUUGGCAGCAGCCAGGGCCAAGCUAGAGGCUCUGGCCAUGGACAACGGCAGUGAUCCCGUGAAAUUCCGCGAGGAUCUCUUGAGGAUAGCACGGACUACUCUUAGCUCCAAGCUGCUGCAGCACGAGAAGGACCAUUUUGCGACGCUAGCCGUCGACGCAGUCCUUCGACUGGGUGGGAA